AUGGACGGACCACAUGACGGAUUCGUGGCUGGCAAGGACGGAGGCACCUCCACGCUGAAAGAUACUGAUGAGAUCAUGAUUGCGCAUAUGUUAAACUAUGUUUCCUGUAGAGGAAGACAAGGGUUUACGACCUUCAUAGUAACACGAAGAAAGACAACGGAUAGUAAAGCAGUUGCUAGAAAAUGGAGAUGGUAUUCUCCUUUCGAUGUGCCAUUAAAAAUGGAGCGAAUAGUAGAUUUCGCUCUUGCAAGAUCCGACGACUACAUCAACUGGGGACGUAAAGGUUCCAUUUACCCUUUGACUUUCGGUUUGGCAUGCUGUGCUGUCGAAAUGAUGCACAUGGCUGCACCUAGGUACGAUAUGGACAGGUACGGUACAGUGUUCAGAGCUUCGCCUCGACAAACAGAUCUAAUCAUUGUAGCAGGAACGGUAACGAAUAAGAUGGCUCCUUGUUUAAGAAAAGUGUACGACCAAAUGCCAGAACCCAAGUGGGUCAUAUCGAUGGGAAGCUGUGCCAACGGGGGAGGUUAUUAUCACUACUCCUAUUCAGUAGUGAGAGGCUGUGACAGAAUUAUUCCAGUCGAUUUUUAUGUACCAGGGUGUCCGCCAACAGCUGAGGCCUUGCUCUAUACGGUUUUACAGCUUCAGAGGAAAAUAAAACAAAUGAAUACGUUUCAAGCUUGGUUUCGAAAAUAA